GGGGAGACUGCUGUGCGCCUGCGCCGAGUUCUCGCUAGCGCAGCCGCGGAAGCCGUGUCUCCUUGUGCACAUUGGACCGGUGGACUUGGAGGAAGCGGGACCGGGCAGGGAGCGACUCAGCGGAACAGCAGUUUUGGGACGCGGGGCGGCUGAGUGCUCAUCAUGGCUUCCAGCCACACUGUGUUGAUGCGACUCGUAGCCUCAGCGUAUUCUAUCGCUCAGAAGGCAGGAAGCAUAGUCAGGUGUGUCAAUGCCGAAGGAGACCUGGGCAUCGUGCAGAAGACCUCAGCCACAGACCUGCAGACCAAAGCCGACCGCUUGGUCCAGAUGAGCAUAUGCUCUUCCCUGGCACGGAAGUUCCCUAAGCUGACAAUUAUAGGGGAGGAGGAUCUGCCUCCCGGAGAAGUGGAUCCAGAGCUGAUUGAAGACGGGCAGUGGGAGGAAAUCCUGAAGCAGCCGUGUCCGCCGCAGUACAGUGUUAUCAAAGAGGAAGACCUUGUGGUUUGGGUCGAUCCCUUAGAUGGCACCAAGGAAUACACUGAAGGUCUUCUUGACAAUGUAACGGUUCUUAUUGGGAUUGCUUACGAAGGAAAGGCCAUUGCAGGCAUCAUCAACCAGCCGUAUUACAACUACCAGGCGGGCCCUGACGCUGUGCUGGGCAGGACCAUCUGGGGAGUUCUGGGUUUAGGUGCUUUUGGGUUUCAGCUGAAAGAAGUGCCCGCUGGGAAGCAUAUCAUCACAACCACCAGGUCCCAUAACAACAAGCUGGUCACAGACUGCAUUGCGGCCAUGAACCCUGACAACGUACUGCGUGUGGGGGGAGCAGGGAACAAGGUCAUCCAGCUGAUCGAAGGCAAAGCCUCUGCUUAUGUAUUCGCAAGUCCUGGCUGUAAGAAGUGGGAUACUUGUGCGCCGGAAGUUAUCCUUCAUGCUGUGGGAGGGAAGCUGACGGACAUCCACGGGAACGCCCUCCAGUACGACAAGGAGGUGAAACACAUGAACUCCGCAGGAGUCCUGGCCACGCUGAGGAAUUAAGAGUACUAUGCAAGCCGGGUGCCA